AACUCGUAGUUGCUUAUUGUAUCACCUACGACAAUGCUUAAAAGAUAUAUUUUCUGUUGGGUGCUGCCAGUAACUUUAGGAGUACCUCUUAUAGGGCAACAGUAUGAAACAAACGAAAUUUCUAACGCAACAUUUAUAAAAGUUUUAACACCCAAAGAUAGAGCGCAAGAAGCGGGUUACGUAGCUGAAACUUACGAAGUCAUCACACAUGAUCGAUAUGUUCUGCAAUUGGAUAGGAUUACUGGAUCAAAGAAAAGUCCUCCGUCUAACAAUAAGCCAGCUGUACUACUUCUUCAUGGAGUUUUAGAUUGCUCGGCAACAUGGCUUCUGGGAGGUCCCAAAAAGGGUUUAGGUUUUAUAUUAGCAGACCAAGGAUAUGAUGUAUGGAUGGGCAAUGUGCGCGGCAACAGAUACUCACGGAAGCACUUAGACUUGUCUCCUUCACACUCAGAUUUUUGGAUGUUCAGUUGGCAUGAAAUGGGAUUAUAUGAUAUCCCAGCGAUGAUCGAUCACAUUAUCAACCACACAACGCAAAAGAAGAUCUUUAUGAUAACACAUAGCCAGGGUAGUACGGCAUUUUUUGUUAUGGCUAGUGAAAGGCCAGAAUAUCAGGAGAAAAUAGUCGCUUCUUUUCCAAUGGCACCGGCAGUCUUCAUGUCUAACACAAAAAGUCCUCUUUUCCAAGCGUUGGCCCCUCAUGCUAACGAUAUCAAUUUGUUAGCGGAUUUAAUAGGUAUGUAUGAAUUUAAAGCGUCCAACAAACUUAUACAAAUGAUUGGAAAAAAGGUUUGUCGUAAUCCUUCUUUGCAACCGUUGUGUAAAAACAUCAUAUUCCUAUUUGCUGGUUUCGAUGAAGAACUUAAUACGGAUCUAUUGCCUCUUAUCCCACAAUAUGAUCCUGCUGGUGCGUCUGUUAGACAAUUCGCACAUUAUGGUCAAUUGAUUCAUUCAGGCAAGUUCCAGAAAUUUGACUAUGGCGUUGUCGGUAACAUAAAAAAAUACGGCCAAAAGAAUCCUCCUGAUUAUAAUCUUGGCAAUGUCAAGUUACCAGUGUAUUUGUAUUACGGCGCCAAUGAUAUGUUUGUUGACGUUCAGGACUUACAUCAGUUGUACAAAUCAUUGCCCAAUGUUCAGAAGUUUUUAUCCGACAAUUUCGCGCAUCUUGAUUUUGUGUGGGGAAAGCAUGUAGAUACUUGGGUAUAUAAUAAAGUUCUGGAUCUUAUGAAACAUUACAGAAAAUAAAUAUUAUUUCGUGCAAGUAAUUUGCAUUUAAUGUACGUUUUUAUAUUCAAUCGUAUCAAUAAAAAUAUGAAUGUUCAUAA